AAUGCUGCUGUUGCCAUCAAGAUGCACGUAAUCUGUGACAUUUUAAUUAAGCUGCAAGUAUGGGAUUUUUUUUUGCAGCUCACAAUAAAUGUCCUGUGGCAACACAAGACAUUUCAGUUUUUUAUAUUUCUUUUUUACCUCACAUCCUCAAUCAAGGACUAAAGUUACAUUUUAGUUCUCUGUUUGGCAAAUUGCUUAGCUAGGUCAUGUGACCUAGACAAUUAAGAGAAUUAAGCACUUGGUCCAAUCACAUGCAAGGGGCAGUAAAAUUCUAAUUGCUGUCACCUGUUAGGCAGACCAAUUAGUAACUCAACAGGCUCAGAAGAACGUCAGGAUGUUAAGAAACGCUUGAAUACCUGCCUGCAUAAAUAGGAGGUGCUCUCCAAGUAGUGGUGUACUUGCAGUUGUUUGAUAAGAGCAAUGGAUUUCAACCAAGUGGGGUUUGGUGUGCAGCUACUGUUAUUGGCAGUUGGGUUGUCAGCAGCACAACGGCCAGGAUUGAUCAAUGUUCCUGCUGGGCUUCAACCUAACAAGCCAAGUCAUCCUUCACUGCAAGUGAGUGCUGGGUUGCCUUCUCAGUGGACACAAAGUGGUCCCCAGAGUGGAAGUCCUGCAGUAGCCCCACUUGGAUUGCACUUUCAAAAUCCUUCAGAUGCUCAAGACCAGCAAGUAAUGCAGAGGCCAGUGAAGAAACUGACUUGGCGUUUUCCAGCAGCACCACAAAUCCCAACCCCACCAGCACCAGUGAACUUCAUAAGACGGUCUAAUGCUGUUCCUACCCAGAGUGUAACAGCAAGGUGCAAUGAGACUGCAGUGUAUGUAGAGGUGAGAAGAGACCUGUUUGGUACUAGUGCACCCCUCAAUAUUGCUGCUCUCACUCUGGGAGGCUGUGCUGCCAAAGGGGUGGCUGUUUCUUCUCAAGUCCUUGUGUAUGACUCCCCACUGCAUAGCUGCAACAGCAAGUUGACUGUGACUGCAAAUGAGCUGGUCUAUAUCUUCACCCUUGGUAUUGCUUCAGCACCUAUAAGUAGUGCUCCCAUUCUAAGAAGUCCUGGUGCUCUGGCUUUUGUUGAGUGUCACUAUAGGAGAUUCCACAAUGUGAGUAGCAGUGCUCUCCUGCCUGCUUGGAUUCCAUAUGCUUCUGCUCAAGCUGCUGAGGAACGUCUCCUUUUCUCCUUGAGGCUCAUGACUGAUGACUGGAUAUUUGAAAGACCUUCGGACUACGUCUUCCAGCUGGGUGAGCUUAUAAAUAUUGAGGCAUCGGUGGUGCAGUUCAACCAUGUGCCCCUGCGUGUCUUUGUAGACAGCUGUGUGGCCACUGCUGUCCCUGAUGUAAAUGCAGUCCCCAGAUAUUCCUUCAUUGAGAACCAUGGGUGCUUGAUUGAUGCCAAGCUUGCACAUUCCAGUUCCCGCUUCAUGCCCCAAACUCAGGCGGCUAAACUGGGGUUUCAGCUGGAGGCAUUCAAGUUUCAGCAUGUGAACAGUAGCUGGUUCUAUAUUGCAUGCAUCUUGAAGGCAACAGCAGCAUCUGCCCCUGCUGAUGCUGAGCACAAGGCUUGUUCCUUCUCAGGCAACAGAUGGACUGCUGCAUAUGGUGCUGACCAGGUAUGCAGUUGUUGCAGCAGUAGCUGUGGUUUGAGGAAGGGUCGUGAUCUGUCAUCAGAGCAAGGCUUGCAGCUGGAGAAAGAAGUGAGCCUUGGCCCGAUCAUGGUUCUGGAAAAUGUCCUCAUCUAAUGACUGUCUAAAUAAAAUUUUAUGACUUGUAUGUCUUGUGACACCUUGUUUCUUCUAAUAUAAUUGGGUAUGUCUUGUAAUGGGCAGUGUGCAAGCAGGGGCUCUGGCAAAUAAUUGACUGCAUAACUAGGAGGGCUAGCCAGACAAUAACUGACAUUGUGUUAUCAAAAUGAUCCACUUUACCAGAACACUCCAUGCAUGUAGUCCCUACAAAUUUGUGCCUUUACCCAAGAAAAGCUAUUAACAAAGCUUAAAUAAACCAAGUUGUCUUCAGCCUAGACUGGGACUGUUGGAGUCCUGAGCACUUAAUUUGGAGGCUGUUACACCUUCUGGCUCUUGGUGUUGGGGACUGUUUCUAGCUUGGCACUGAAUUGUUCAAAGCAGGUGUCCCCAGUUGAAUAGACUUGAAGGAAUACCACAUACUAUGCUGGAAGUCAUUCUAUUUCAAAAUUCAACUUUCUUGAACUGGGUAGAGCUCUCCAUCAGUCUAAAAGGAUGGUCAUAUUUCUUGCAAGCUUCUAAGUUAUGCUUGUAGUCAUAUAAAGGCAUCUGCUUUAGUGACUUUUUUUUUUUUUUUUUCUUGUAAUCUAACCUGCCUGAGAUGGCAUUAGUCUCUCUUCCCCCCCCCCCCCCAUUGGAAUUAAGAAAUUCCAAAUGAUCAAUCUGCAUACUUAAAUGUAAUUCAAUGAACAUCCAUCAACUGAAGAAGGUCCAGCAAUCCCUACAAAUUUAGCUUUGGGCAAACUGCACAUUUUAAAUCCAGUGAUGUCUCUUGCUUAAAGAACCUGGUCAGUGGUCAAAGAUUUGCUUUCCAGGUGGGCAGAUUCAACACUGAAGCACCUUACAACAAUUCAUGUUGUAACUGACAUGAUCUUGACCAUGAGUUACAUAGCAUUUAAUAGAAGGCACACUGCUGUUAAAUACUUUGUAAAAAUUAAA